UCGCCUCAUCUCAUUGAUCCCAGAGCUGCAGUCAGUGAGGCGAAGAAGAACCAACAGCUGGGCAGAGGAUCUUCCCACAUCUUCCUUCAGCUCCAGGACUCUUCACCAACACCAGCAUCCAAAAUGAGCAUGCAACUUGAAAUGAAGAAUGUACAUCUGAAAGUUGGAGAUCGGCUGAAAGUGAAGGGGGAAAUUAUGCAUGAUGCUGAGAGGUUCCAGAUCGACCUCGGCUGUGGGGCAGACGACCUGGCGCUGCACUUUAACCCCCGUUUCCACGAUGACGAAGAUGGAGCUGUUCUCGUUUGCAACUCAAAGACUGACGGUUGUUGGGGCGAUGAGGAACGGGAAAUACACAACCCCCUACAGAGGGGGACGGACGUCAAGCUUGUGUUGAAGCUGGCUGGAGACAAGUUUGAAGUGGAGCUUCCUAAUGGACAGGAAGUAGAGUUUCCUAACCGCCACAACAUGGACGUCAUCAGCUACAUUAAAAUCCUUGGGGACUUCAAACUGACUUCCUUCAAGAUAUGCUGAGAGACUAAACUGCUGUAACACAUGAAUACUGUGUGUAUUAGUUUGGUUAAAGAUGAGACUUGGUCGGUUAUUGUUAGACAUAAUCAGAUGUAGAUCGUCAGUGAAUUGGAAAUGUAUCUUUAUUUAAAAAUGCCAUGUUGUGCGCAAGAAUAUAAAAUGUUUUUAAAUUCAAAU